AAAUUACCAAGGGAGACCAAAAAACAAAACAAAAAGAAACAAUUUAUAAUUUAGCGCGUUUGUUGUUUUCCAGUGACGUCAUAGGUUUUGAAUUGUACACGACGUCACAGAUUGUUCAGCUGUAUAAUGAUUCCAUGUGCCUCCUGGUCGGAAAGAAAUAUAAUAGGAAACAUUUACAUCACGAAACGAGGACAUGUGUGAUGCACCAGGACAAACACCAUCCCAGCCCGAUGGGAGUCCCGCCACGCCGGCCCAUGGACAUCCUCCCACGCCUUAUGUACCCACUCCACAGGCUUCGGGACCACCUCCUCGCACAGUUUAUCAACAACCUCCGAACACAGAUCAACCUCCUUACCUAGAUUAUGAACCUCCCUAUAUCAUUAAUGAAGAAUCCCAACCUAUUCACACGGAUCAAUUAUCUCGGCUAGCUAAUGGACAACCUCAUCCAGCUAAUGGACAACCUCAUCCAGCUAAUGGACAAUCUCCUCCAGCUUAUGAACAAUCUCCUCCAGCUUAUGAACAACCUCCAGCAAACGAACAACCUCGUUCAGCUUAUGAACAACCUCAAGGACAACUUUAUGAACAACCACAUCAACAGCUUUAUGGACAACGUCCUGGCCUUGUUUAUGAACAACCUCAUCCAGCUUCUGAACAACCCCCUCGCAAAACCUAUGGACAACCUCCCCAAGAACACUGUGAAUUUCGCCAGUCUCAUGGACAACUUCGUCACCCAACUUACGAACAACCUUCUCGCCAGGCGUACGAACAACCUCCUCGCCAGGCGUUCGAACACCCUCCUCAGCAAGCACGUGAACAACUUUGCCAGACUUGUGAACAACCUCCUGGUCAUCCUGUUUAUACACAGCUUCCUCCAGCCUAUGAAGAGUGUUCUCGACCAGGUGAAAAACACCCUGCCUAUCGACAUCCGGUGUAUGGGCAACUGGCACCAGUCUACGCAACAACGGUAACAGUGUACGAGCCGCCACCACACCGUGUCUCAGUCAGCCGGCCGUAUGACUAUUUCUUUCUGUCGGCCAUCUCGUGCCUGUUCUGCUGGCCCCUGGCAAUAUGUGCCUGUGUAGCCUCGGCACACUCUCAGCGAGCGGCGGCGGCGCGCCACUACAAGGAGGCGAGGCUGCACGGGGAGAACGCCCGGAGAAUCGCGCUGUCCGCCAUCGUGCUGGGAAUCAUCUGGCUCCUCAUGCUCACCAUCCUGGACGCGCUUCGCAGAUUACACUAGACAAAUAAAACUAACCAACCUGG